AGCAGCAUUGAGUUAUUCUUUUUUUUGCAAGCAGAACUGUUAAAAAAGCACAAAAAUUUUAUUUAUUUUUUCUCUUUUCAUUUCAUUAUUGAAUUUGUAUAAAUAAUAUAAACGAGAUCAAAGCACCAGUACUGCUUAAUUUUUAUUUUGACAGAUAUGGCAGGAAAAAGAGAUAAAGACAGAAGAUUAUCUAAAAGAUCUUUAUUUGGAACGCAAGCGUUUAUCAACAUACAUCGUCAAAAACGUUUUUCUUUAUCUCAAAGAAACAUAGAAACUGUAGAAUCUAGAGGUCAAUCUGGCGGCAGUAAUACAUAUUCAGUUUCGAACUCUGAUACCGACGAUGAUCAAAUUAUAAAAUCAGUUUGUAAAAUGAAGCCAUUGUCCAUUAAGUCAUUUUUUUCAUUUGUUUCUGAAGCUAAUAAAUAUAUUUGUUUGAUGUGUCCAGAAAAUGGAAAACUUAUAUGUGGGCCUGAGCCAAAUCUGCGAAAACAUAUAUUUCAUAUUCAUAAAAAACCGGAACACCUUUACGAUUCUCAAAAAAAAAUUGCUCAAGAUCAAUUUCUCGAAACGCAGAACAGAGAUGAAAUAGAUGAAGCCAUAAUAAAUUGUAUUAUUUAAGAUA